GGAGAUCCCAAAUAUUAAAUUUUAUAAACUGAAUAAAUGGAGAGCCUGUAUUUCUUUGCAAUUUUUUCAAGUAUAUAUACAUUUAAAGAACGAAAAACUGUUACGUAUCGGAUGCUUUUCCAAUACUGAAUUGUAAAAGUUUAUUAUUUAUUAAUCAGCAUUGUAAACAUGUGAUUGAAUACGAAACUGAUGACGAAUUAAAUAUUGGUAUCUUUUGGAGUUUACUUCGAGCAGGUUGCACUGAAAUCCUUAAAUUUUUUUAUAAUAAAUAAUGUCUGACGAUAAUUUAUUACAGUUCGUUCCAUUUGCGUCUGCACUAGAAGCAGGAUUUUGGUAUCAAUUGACUAAAAAGAAACUGGAAGUUUUCAAAUUAGAUGACAAACCUGUAGAAAUUCAAGCGUUUUACUCUAACAGUGGACCCACUGGAUCCCCUUGUAUUGUGAAUAUAGAUUAUUCUUCUCUGGAAGUGGACACAGCAGUCUCUCCUGGUAGUUUUGGACUGAGAGGAACUUUGAUCAAUACCAAUACAAUAGAAGACUUCAAACUGAAAGAUAAAAAAGAUUUGUUGAGGUCUGUUGGACAAAAGAUAUGGAAAUCUAUUACAGAUGAAUCAGCCCUUGAAAAUCCAACAAAUUUACAAUCUUUGGUCUGUUUAACAUUUGCUGAAUUGAAAAAAUACCAUUUCUACUAUUGGAUUGGUUUUCCUGCCCUGGUUUAUCCGAGGGUCACUAAAUGUGGGGAAAUACGUGGAAUUUAUGACUACUUUAGUUCUGAGCAAGUGACACAAAUUCUAAAUUCCUACGAUUCCUUGGAAUUGUCCCAUAAAACAGCAUUUUUAAUUUGUAAAAAAAGUAACGAUGAAUGCUGUGUUUCCGAGCUCAAGCAUUACAGAGAGAUUAAAAAUUCUUGUUCUCAGAUUCUAGUUGGAUUUACAGACCCAUCUUCAUUAGAAAAAUAUCCUGGCUGGCCUCUAAGAAAUCUGUUAGCCCUAGUCGCUUACCAUUGGUCCAAUGAUCAAAAGGAGUGGGAUGUAUUGUGUUUUAGGACAAAUGUUAGAGAAGGAAGGCGUCACUGUGAACAUAGCAUUAUCAUACCUAUUCAAUUGGAUUCAACCUCUAUUUCUGAUGAAGAUUGCCCUGAUGUUGUUGGUUGGGAAAAGAAUAAAAACAAACUUGCACCAAGAAAGGUUGACAUGAGUGCUAAUAUGGACCCUAAAAAAUUAGCCAAUUCAGCUGUGGAUCUGAAUCUAAAGCUUAUGAGAUGGCGUCUUUCUCCUGAUUUAAAGUUGGAAAAGAUUCAAUCAUCAAGAUGCCUUUUAUUUGGAGCUGGCACUUUGGGUUGCAAUGUUGCCAGGUGCUUAAUGGGCUGGGGCGUGAAGAAAAUCACGUUUGUUGAUAACUCGAAAGUUUCUUUCUCCAAUCCUGUUCGUCAGACACUUUUCACAUUUGAGGAUUGUCUUGGAGGUGGUCAAUUUAAAGCUACAACUGCUUCAAAAGCGCUUCAAGGAAUUUUUCCAGGCAUUGACUCUGAAGGCUAUGUUUUAAGUGUUCCUAUGCCAGGGCACUCUGUACCUGAAAACAUGGUGGAUCAAACAAAGUUAGAUGUGUCCAAAAUUGAAGAAUUGGUAGAGAAUCAUGAUGUUAUCUUUCUCCUGAUGGAUUCUCGUGAGAGUCGUUGGUUGCCUUCUUUGCUUGCAGCUCACAGAGGAAAACUUGUGAUUAAUGCUGCCCUUGGAUUUGAUACAUUUCUUGUAAUGAGGCAUGGCUUAAAGCUUCCAAAUACUUCUGGCGGUGAUAUUGGCUCAAAGAUAAUUGAAGGCUAUGACCUUGGCUGUUACUUUUGCAAUGAUAUUGUCGCUCCAGGAAAUAGUCUUCAAGACAGAACCUUGGAUCAACAGUGUACUGUUACCAGACCGGGGGUCUCUUAUUUGGCUGCUGCUUUGGCUGUCGAACUCAUGGUUUCUGUUUUACAACAUCCAAAAGGGGGACAUGUUGCUGCCAGCACCAUUGAUAUCCCGAACACUUUUGAUCCAGAGCUGUCGACUGACCUCGGAUUGGUUCCGCAUCAAAUCCGAGGAUACCUGGACAGAUUUCAAAACACGUUGCUUACCAGUAAAGCAUUUGACUGUUGUACAGCCUGUUCUAAUAAGGUUAUAGAGGAAUACAAUAAAGAAGGAUUUAGCUUUCUUCUCAAAGUGUUGAAUGAUCCCUGUCACCUGGAAGAAAUCACUGGAUUAACUAAAUUGAUGACUACCAUUAGCAUGGAUGAGGUUCUGGAGCUCAGUGAUGAUGAUUCUGCCUGAUGAUAGAAGUAUAACUGAUUUACACUACUAUUCUGUGAUUUUCAGUGAAGCACUCUUGGGAUUUUCAUUUCACUCUUUGCAUAUUUAUUAUUUUGGGCCCACUCACUUUGCAAUAUUCAAUGUUCCUUUUUUUUUUUAAAGGCUAUUUUUUAUUUAUUAAAAAUAUUGUACAUUUUG